AUGCUUGAUGCUCGCUUAUCAAAAAUAAGACAAAAAACAGCAAUUAGAUUCAUAGAAAAUGAGAAUGAAAGCAAAGUUGGAGAAGAUCACAUCCAUAUCAGAACUGAUUAUAGUGAUUCUCAUAAUUGUUAAAAUUGUUAGAAACAACAAUUAAUAAUCAACGAAUUAAAGGCAUAAAUUUUGGAGAAUUAGAAACAAAUUGGCAUUUUGUAGAUAGAGAAAGACAUCAUAUAAAAAAAAGAAGAAUAAACGAUAAAGUUAUUGAUUUAAGAGAUUGAAAAAACAAAAUUAGAUUAAAAAAAGUAUUCAUUUGAGUUACAGCAAUCAUUAAUUUAAUUUGUUAAUGACAAUGUUCUUAAAUAGAGUCAAACUCCAUCAUCAUAAGAUAAAUCAGACUAACAAUGUGUUUUGAAUAGUCAACUGAAAUAAAUCAAAGAGGAAAAUGCUAAUUAUGCUAAACUUUUACAUUAAUAGUACGAUUUCUCAAUUAAUAUAAAUAUUAAAUUCGUACAAUUAUCAAACUCUUUAAAUACAUUAAUUAACUUGAUUCAAAAAUAUACAAAAAUCAUAACUCAUAUCCAAAUGCAAAGUUCACCAUAACUAGAUUUGCUACUACCUGGUCCCCUUGAAGAUCACGUGAAAUAGGAUCAUCAACAAUAGUUACUUUUCAUUGAUUUACAUGAUAUGACAUCUAAAAUACAAUAGAUUUAGAUUGGAUCCUUAACAGAUGUGCAAUAGAAGAUAGAAACAUUGAUCCAAUUAGUAGCUGAUUACUUUACUUAGGCUUAAAGAAUAGCAAUAAAUGAUAUGAGUAGAACCAUGAUAUGA